AUGACCUUGGAAUUGCCUUCUGAUAUUCUGCUGACUAUUCCAGCAAAUGCCAAGAUCUACAAAGAUGAUUGUAUGUACUCAUUCGAUACCCCAGAGAAUAAUGAGUUGGGAUUGGACAUUGAUUUGAAAUCAUACAAGGCAUAUUCAAGAAAUAAAGAUUACAAUUAUACUAAAGAAAACUUUGAAAAAACAGGAAAUUAUUUAUACUUAAACAUUAAAAAAAAAUUGAAACCUCAAGAGGAAAGAAAUAAAUUAUUAUAUGAUGAUAAUGGCGAAAAAACCCCUAAAUUGCAAAAAUUGGAAAUCAAAAAUGUAUCCGAUGAUGAUUAUUAUAAUUCUACGAUCACUGUAUAUGAUGUUAGAGAUGAUAAAGUUUAUCAAAGAAAUGAAGUGAGUGAAUCAUUCAACAAGUUAAUUGAUGCUAUUCUUGCGGCAAAUUCCUCAGCCACAGAAGAUGAGAUUAAACAAUGGGAACAAGAAAUUAUACCAUGUCAUCAUUCAAUAGAUGUUGAACAAUUUGAUAAUGAUAAUUUAGAUUUAACUAAAUGUAGUCAAUGUGAAUUGGCGGAAAAUUUAUGGAUUUGUUUACAUUGUGGAAGUUUAGGUUGUGGUAGACAACAAUAUGGUUCUGAUUUGAAAGGAAAUGGACAUGCAUUAGCACAUUAUGAAAUUAGUCAACAUCCAGUGGCUAUUAAGUUAGGAUCUUUAUCUGCUGAUUCAGAAAGUUGUGAUGCUUAUUGUUAUCAAUGUAAUGAUGAAGUUAAAGUCCCUAAUUUGGCUGAAAAAUUACACAAGUUUGGUAUUGAUUUGAACUCGGCUGUCAAAACUGAAAAAUCAUUAGUUGAACUUAAUAUUGAUCAAAAUUUAAAUUGGGAUUUCAAAUUGGAUGGUGCUAAUGGAGAAAAAUUACCACCUGUUUAUGGUAAAGGAUUGACUGGUUUCCAGAAUUUGGGUAAUUCUUGUUAUAUCAAUUCAGUUCUUCAAUCACUUUACAAUUUGGAUGGAUAUAAGAAAUAUCUCAAGGAUGAAAAAUUUCCACCACAAGUUGAAAAUCCAGCUAAUGAUUUAAUUAGUCAAUUGAUUAAAAUUUAUGAUGGUUUAUAUAGUGGUAGAUAUUCCAUUCCUGGAUCAUUAAAAGGUGAUGAUUAUCAAUUGGGUAUUAAACCAUCUGCAUUCAAAACUUUAAUUGGAGAAAAUCAUCCUGAAUUUAAAACUCAGAGACAGCAAGAUGCUUUUGAGUUUUUAUUGUAUUUCCUUGACAAAGUGGAUAAAGAGUUGGGUCUUAAACUCAAUGAAGAUUUGAAGUUUUUGUUGACCAGUAAGGUAUUGUGUGCUCAUUGUUCACAUGGUACUUUAACUAAUGAUUUGGUGGAUAACAUCUCUGUGCCAAUUGAAGCCGAGGUUUUAAGUAAAGAUGAAGAUGGGAAGAAAAUUUACAAAGAAGUUGAAUUAAUUGAUAGUUUUAGAGAAUACACUUCUGAAGAAGCUAUUGAAGGUUAUAAAUGUGAUAACUGCGAUGAAUCUCCAGGAAUGGCAUUUAAAUCUUCAGGUUUCAAAACUUUCCCCAAAUCCCUUGUUGUUAAUGUUCAAAGAAUUAAAUUGGAAAAUUGGGCACCAAUAAAAGUUGAUGUUCCUAUUGAAAUUCCUUAUGAAUUAGAUUUAUCUGAAUUCACAGCACCAAAAUUCAAUGACGGUGAAGUUGAAGAAGCAAAGAAAAAUGAAUCAGACACUGGUGCUUCAUUUGUUGCUAAUGAAGAGGCAUUAACUACAUUAUUAAGCAUGGGAUUUCCUGAACCUAGAUGUCUUAAAGGAUUGUUCAAUACAGGAAACAAUAAUGCCGAGGAUGCCAUGAAUUGGAUAUUUGCUCACAUGGAUGAUGCAGAUAUUGAUGAACCAUUUGAUCCAAAUGUAAAUUCUUCUUCUUCUUCUGCUUCAUCAAAUGAACCAUCAGCUGAAUUGAUUGAAAAUGUUUGUGCUAUGGGAUUUUCUCAACAAUUGGCUAAAAAAGCAUUAUUAUUAAACAAUAACGAUAUUAGCGCGGCUGUUGAAUGGUUAUUUUCUAACCCCGAUGACAAUGGUGUCAUCGAGGACAAUGCAAAACCGGUUGUUAAUAUUAAUGAAGAGAAGGCAAAAUUGAUUGAAAAAUUGGAAAAAUCAACUUGUAACAAUGGCAAAUAUGAAUUGGAGUCUGUUAUUUGUCAUAAAGGUACAUCACCACAUACAGGUCAUUAUGUUGUGUUUAUCAAGAAGCUUAUUGAUGGAGAGUAUAAAUGGGUAUUGUUUAAUGAUGAAAAAGUUGUUGUUUGCGAUGAAGACAACUUGCAAGAUAUGAAGAACAGUGCUUAUGUUUAUAUAUUUAAAAAGAUAGAGUAG